AUGCCGCAAGAUCCUGACCUAUACGGCCAACGGACGGCCAAGAAGAAAAAGACAGAGCUGGGCCUGUCCAACACGCUCGACUUUGCGUCCCAACUGCAAUCGCUCAUCACAGCAAAACCAAAGGCGAAGGGCAGCAACAGCGCCACCAGCAGGUCGGGGACAGCCAGCGGGGAGAAGAGAAGGAACCUACCACUAUUCCCGUCGCCGUCCAAGAGGAGCAGGACCGACUCGGGAGUGGAUGACGACCACAAGACGAAGGACAAGAGCAAGAGCAAGAGCAAGACUGCGCCCUGGAACAAGCGACCGCCUCCAGGCGCUGUCGACGCCGAACUCGACGACGCUGAGCGCGAGCGCAUCCGCCGCAACAUGGCCGCCAAGGCCAAGCGGUAUGCCCAGAUGCAGCGCGGCGACUACCUGCCGCGCGAGGGCGAGGUGGCGUCGCUCGUUGACUUUGACCGGAAAUGGGCCGAGAAGCGGCGCAGAGACAGUCACAGCGAUGGCAGCGAUAGCAGCGAUAAUGGCGAUAGCAGCGAGGACGAGGAUGAUGCCAACGGCAACAAAGACAGCGGUGACACCACAAUGGUCGAGUACGUCGACGAGUUUGGCCGCACGCGCACCGUCUCCAAAGCCCGCCGCGAACGCGACCUGCGCCGCCAAGAACGCGCCCGGCGAGCUGCACAAGACCUGGCAGACAUGCGUGCGCGACCCGCGCCGCCCCCCGACACAUCGCGGCUCAUCUUUGGCGACGUCAUCCAGACCGAGGCCAUCGAGGCGGCGGCCGACCAACUGCCGCCGCGUCCGCUGCGAGCCGACGAGGAGGACGCUCCCGCUGAGACACACUACCGCCCGCAGGACGAUGUGCGCACCCGGGGUGCUGCCUUCUAUGCCUUUGCAACGGACGACGAGAAGAAGCGAGCCGAGCAGAUGCAGGCGCUCGCCGACGAGCGGGCCAAGACGGAGGCGGCGCGGGCGGAGCGAAGCGCACAGCUGGAAGCGCGAAAACAAGAGAUGGCGGCACGGCGGGCGGCCUUGGCGGAGCGGAAGGCCAAGAAACAGGCAGACAGCUUCCUGGACGGGCUGGGCAUGGACUUGUUCGCAGGUCGCAGAAACGGAGGCGGCGGCGAAGGCGACGAAAACGAGAAGCCAUCAUGA